UCCUCCCCACAUGCGGCCGCAACGCGAGGAGCCGGAAACGAACGGGGCGGUGAAUCAACUCUCUCUUUCUCUCUCUCUCUCGUUCAUUUCUAUGGCUUUAAAUUAGAUCAAAAGCGUUUUCCUAUAUGAAGCUCCUUCAAUGGCGAUUACCACACGAGGGUGAGAGGUAUAUUUUGCCAUCAGAUUUGUGUUGAGGGGUUUCGAGCCUCUGUUUCAUGGGCGCUCCAAAGCAGAAAUGGACGUCAGAGGAAGAGGCGGCUCUUAAAGCCGGAAUUGCGAAGCAUGGCGCCGGCAAAUGGCGCACUAUAUUGAAGGAUCCUGAGUUUAGUAGCAUCCUAUGUUUGCGAUCUAAUGUUGAUCUCAAGGACAAGUGGCGUAACAUGAAUGUGACGGCAAAUGGAUUUGGGUCUCGAGAGAAGGGCAGAAUAGCUUUAAAAAAGAGCCGACAUCUUUAUAAGCAUGAUGAUAACCCAAUGGCGCUCAGCACAGUGCUCGCUGACGGAGAUGAAGAAAUUGUUGAUGCUAAGCCUCUGGCAAUGUCUAGCGGACCUCUAUCAAGUGCUAGUCCAAAGAGAUCUGUCUCAAGACUUGACAAUCUUAUAUUUGAGGCUAUAACAACCUUGAAGGAGCCAACUGGGUCCAACAAGACAGCCAUUGCGGCGUAUAUAGAGGAUCAAUACUGGCCACCUCCUGAUUUUAAGCGUCUGCUGUCUGCAAAACUGAAAGCCUUGACUUCUUCUGGAAAAUUGAUCAAGGUCAAGCGCAAGUAUAGGAUUGCACCAAGUUCCUCUUUUCAAGAAGGAAAGGCCUCCAAAGUAUUGCUUCUAGAAGGAUUGCAAAGAGAGCCUUCUAGACCAGAGAAGCACGACAUUAAACCUUUCACGAAAUCUCAAAUCGACGCAGAAUUAGCCAGAAUGAAAAGCAUGACUGCGCAGGAGGCUGCUGCUGCCGCUGCUCGAGCUGUUGCAGAGGCAGAAGCUAUCAUGGCUGAUGCUGAGGAAGCAGCGAGAGAAGCGGAGGCUGCAGAAGCUGAUGCAGAAGCAGCAAAAGCCUUUGCAGAGGCAGCAAUGUUGACGCUGAAAAAUAGAAAUGCAGCUGAUCUGCAGAUUGCUUGGAGAGAUUUAAUAAGGUCUCCUUCAGUAACUUAUUGCUUUAUAAGAAAGAAGUCUUCGAGCUUGAUGGCAAUCAUUGGGAUGUACUCCUCAAAGGUCAAACUUUCUCUUUCAUAUUUUUAAUUCUAAGCAUCUGGUAGUCAUCUGCAGAGUCUUCGAGCUUGAUGGCAAUCAUCGGGAUGUACUCCGCAAAGGUCAAACUUUCUCUAAUUGCUCUGCAGCUUAGUAGCAGUGUUGUAAUUCAUGCAGUUUGUUGUGUAUAUACCUUGUAGUCAGCUUAGACCGAAGUUGGGCUGUUAGCAGAGCCAGGCCUCUAGUCGCUGAAACUAUGUGAAUAGAGAGCCAUUUGAGCUACAUGAUGCGGAGUUUUACUUGCAACCCAAUUCUCUGUCCAGAGAUGAUAUUCUUGCUUUGUUUUUGGCGAUAUGUUGCAUCUUACCUUAAAGAAAUCAAAAGAAUCAUCAUCCAUAGUUAAGAGCAAACUGAAUAAUGGAGCUUACUGUAUCAGUAUUAAGAAACAUCAUCAUCCUAUUCUUUCACUAGUUGAGUAAUGUAUCAAAAAUUGACUACUGUGCCUCGCUUUUGAGCUUUCUUCGAUGAAUAUGGUUAUGAACUUUUAGUUGGCAGUUA